AUGUCAGACUGGAGCCCCAAUUCGUGGACUACGAAGCCCAUUAAACAGGAUGUGGUUUAUGAAGAUGCUCAAGGGGUGCAAGAUGCCCUUCGGAAACUGGAGAAGCUCCCACCACUAGUUACCACACAAGAGAUCAAUAAUCUGAAGGUGAGUUUGAGAAAUGUUGCUUUGGGAAAUGCAUUCGUCUUACAGGGAGGCGAUUGCGCCGAGCUAUUCGAUUACUGCAACCAAGAUAUGAUUGAAGCCAAAGUUAAGCUUUUGCUACAAAUGAGUUUGGUUCUUAUCUGGGGAGCUAAUAAACCCGUGAUUCGUAUUGCACGAAUUGCCGGUCAAUUCGCCAAACCUCGAUCAAGUCCCACAGAGCUCGUCAACGGAGUUGAAAUGCCCUCUUUCCGAGGUGACAACAUCAACGGAUUUGACGCAGACGCAGAAUCUCGAAAGCCCGAUCCAGCACGUCUCGUUUCAGCAUACUUCCACUCCGCCGCCACGCUCAACUACCUACGUGCUUCUCUAUCCUCAGGUCUAGCAGACCUGCACUCCCCUCUAGACUGGGGUUUAGGUCAUGUCAUCACACCCUCGAUCAAAGAGCAGUACAGCAAGACCGUAAACGCCGUUAAGGAUGCCCUACGCUUCAUGCGUACAGUAGGCAUCGAUAAAGACCGCGGCAUGGAGACAGCAGAUAUCUUCACCAGCCACGAGGGACUUUCCCUAGAAUACGAGCAAACACUUACCAGACUCCUACGUAACCCCAGCGCAUCUGCUCAAUCAACCUCGAACUUCUACGCCACUUCCGCACACUUCCUCUGGAUCGGUGACCGAACCCGUCAACUAGAUGGUGCACACGUUGAAUUCUUCCGCGGAAUCGCCAAUCCAAUCGGAAUAAAGAUCGGUCCUAGCAUGGCCGCAGAGGAUCUAGUACGUCUACUAGACGUCGUGAAUCCCACUAAGGAAAUCGGCAAAGUCACACUAAUCUCGCGGUACGGCGCAUCUAAGAUCGCGACGUUCCUGCCUGCGCAUAUAGCUGCUGUGCAGGCUUCAGGACAUCUACCUGUGUGGCAGUGUGAUCCCAUGCACGGAAAUACGCAGGCUACACCGUCUGGUGUGAAGACGAGACAUUUUACUGAUAUCCUUGAUGAGUUACGCCAAGCACUGGAAAUUCAUCGUGCCGCGGGGUCGUUCCUUGGUGGUAUGCAUCUUGAGUUAACUGGUGAGGCGGUUACGGAGUGUGUUGGUGGUGCGGCUGGAUUGACGGCGGAUGGACUGGGAGAGAGAUAUACUACUUUCUGCGAUCCACGAUUGAAUGAGAAGCAGGCUCUUGAGCUUGCGUUCUUGGUUGCUGGGUUUUAUCGGGAAGAAGAGGAUAUUUGA